GCUGCCUCAACCACCAUGUCGGGGUGAUUCGUUCCAGCAUGCUCGCCACGCCCAUCUCGAGUCUGCCACUUUCCGCGAGACACAAGGCAUGCUGCCGAAGAGUCGACCUCGUCAGUUGCGCCCAGAUCGUCCACGCCCAGCCAGCGGACCUGGCCAAAUUACAGACUCUUCUCUCUCGGGAGGAGGUCGAGUACAUCCAACAGGUCGCUGCGCUAGAAGUUGCGCCCGCCCCUGCUGUCGUGCUGGAUCUCUUGGAGGAUGAGGAUAUCGAUCGCCUUUUUGAGAACGAGGGACCGGACGAGCCAUCGCGGUCAUUGAAGCACCUGGAUGAUCGCAACUCGUUGACGACGGGAGAUGCAAGAUUGGAUGCGCUCUUGGGUGGAGGAAUGAAACGAGGCUGUCUCAACGAGGUGGUCGGACAGAGCUCUUCUGGAAAGACGCAACUCCUGCUCCAGAUGGCACUUUAUACGGCUCUCGGUCUCGCCUCAGAUCCUUUGAAGCAUUUUGAUGCUUCUCCUGCUGCUGAGACCUCGAUCGUCUUCCGCGCACUCAAGGGCUACGGGAUGAAGGAGCGAGGAGCGCGCAGCAGUAUUGCGAUCCUCACCCCCGAUGGGAGCGGUGCAGGGCUCAUGAUGACUCGAAGGCUAUGCGAAAUGUGCGAUUAUGCCAUUCGGGAGCGAUGGUACGGCAUGCGAGCCCAUCAGGCCAAGCAAUGCGAGACACAACUACAACAAGAGCCUUUGGGUAGACCUACCUUUGGCGCUGGGCGUUUCCACGAUCCAGAUGAUGUCGAGGUCGUCGACGAGCUCGUUGUCGAUUUGGAAAGGCUGAUUGCCAUCUCCAAGGCACUGCUGUUGAAGAACGUCCAUUUUCUUUCCAUCAAAAGCUAUGACGAGGUGGAUCAUGCCAUCUCGUAUAUGCUGCCUGCCCUGGCCGACCGGCUGGCAUCGACCACUCAAUCGCCUUUGCAGCUCGUCAUCCUCGAUGACCUUCCAGCGAUGCUCCUCGGCGCUGAACCUGCUGGACAGAUGCAGCGCGCAGUCCAUCGGUCUCAGAUGAUCUGUGAAAUUUCGGACAAACUCCGGAGGCUGGCUCUGUACUGUGCGGGGCCUGCUGGACACGAGUCGUCGGCCGCCGCCAUUGUCUUGGGGAACCACGUCGUUGACUCAUUUGAGCGGACCAAGGAGCUGGCCAUACCCGUCUUGCGUUCCAUCUGGGAGAAAUCGCAGCGACAUUCCUCAUCUGGAGAAGGUUAUGCUCUUUUCGAUGCAGCUGGUGACCCACCACCACUGCAAGCAGAUCAGCAGGAGCUCUUCUUUAGCGGAGUCCUUUCGAGCGCCCACCCAACACUCCUCGGACGCGCCCGAUCCCGUGCCGUCUUCCGACAAGGCGGAGGCCCUACAGGCAAGAUGAGCGAAGACGAGAUCUGGAACAGUGUCGCAUCGGGCCUCAAGAUGGCCGCAUUGGGUUAUCAGUGGGCGAAUUGCAUCAGCGUCCGGCUCAUGUUGCACCGGACAGCCAAGCGCAUCGACUGGGCCAGGAUCCAAGAUGGCUCGAUGAAAUCACUCGAGGAUUGGGAAGAUGAAGAAGGCUACGAGGAAGACGAAAAAGAGCGGCAGAAGAUGCACAACGUCAGAAGGGCUGUACUGAUCAAGAGUCCAUUCGUGCAGAGUGGAGCGCUCUACGAGCCUAGCGUCGACUUUGUCGUUCUGGGCCGUGGCAUCAGAUCGGUGCGGAAGCAGAUGUACGAAAGUGUGCAUGCGGAAGAAACGGUGGAAGGCGAGGCGGGAGUAGAGUGGGAGGACGAGGAGCAAGAAGAGCCCGACGAGGCGCAAGCGAGUGAAUACGACGAGGAAGAGAUGUACAGUGUCGGAGAAGAGCGGAGUGCGGGUCAAGGGUCAGGCUUGGAGGGGGAUCAGCUGUGGAGCUUUGUCGAUGGCCGUCACUUUGACGAAAAUGCUCUCGCUUCGAUGGACCUCCUGCUCGAGAGUCCCCCGACAGCUCCGGGAGGAUCUUCCUCAUUGGACACAUCGAUUGCAUUAGACUCUUCGAUGGCUCUCAAUCAAUCAGACUCGACAAAUAGACAAUCGCCUCCGUCCACGGCAUCAAAAGGGGGCAUGCAGAGCGAAUUUAGAAGUCUUUGGCGCCAUAAGAGCUUCACGGGGCAGGCCGUCGUGUGGGACAAGAUGCUCAUAAAUGGAGGAAACGAAGGAUUGAUUGAGGAGGAACGAGAAGAAUCAUGAGAAGAAGCCCAAAUGUACUGUACACGACACCUCUCAACAAUGUAUCUAGCAAUGACUACUGGUUCCACAGAUCCUUGCCGCCCUGGCU